UUCAACAACGUUGUUCCCUUCUUCUCGUUUUCCUCUCUGAGAAGGAGGGUACAGAGGCUGGCUGCAUGGAGCAAGCCUCUACCGAACGACACAAAAGUCUGGAUUGUUCAUUGAGGGGAUGAGUUUAAGUCGUUUAAGUUGUGAGCGGAUCUAGCCAAACAGUCUUGUUGUCUCAGGCCUGGUGUUUGAAACAUGUCUGCGUAUGAAUUCGCUCAGAAAUCCGCGCUAAAGCUCAAGGGAGUACAAGACGGCAGUGGCAUCUCCAAGAAGAAGAAAAAGAAGUCCAAGAAGUCGACCAAGGACCAGGAGCGUGAAGAGCACUCUCUGGUGGCCGAUACGCCCUCAGGAUCCUCCAGCGAAGGCCAGGCUCUCCCACCUCAGCCCGUUAAGACUGCGGCUGAAAUCGCCUUUCUGAAGAAAAGAGAGAAAUUGGACGCAGAUCGGAUUCGCCAGAAGGCUUCGGUGUCGCACAAGGACCGUGUGUCAAAGUUCAACGAGUAUCUGGAUAGUCUCUCCGAGCACUACGAGCAAGCCAAGGUCUCUUGGACGAAGUAGGAUUAUUUCGCCCUAUGUC